AUGCACUCGAAGUUCGUUCCCAGCCCAGCAGCAGCAGCCCCAUCAGCCGCACUCCGCACACUGCUCGCCAGCAACCAGGACAGGGACAAGCUGCUCAGACUGCUCGAAUCCAGCCUGCGAUGGCUCAUCUACCUCAGCCGCACACCCCGCCAGCAGAGGACCACCAGGACCAUCCUCAUCACACUCAUCAGCCUAUCCGCCAUCCAGCGAACCCUCCCACUCAUCCCACUCACAGUCACCACCACCACCACCACACACACCACCACCACCACCACCACCACCGAACCACCAGCAGCCCAGAACCAGAACCAGCACCAGAACCAGAACCAGCUCCGAUCGACCAUCGAAUCGGCCACCAACGCACUCGAGAUCUCCGUCACCCUGCUCGACAACCUCAGCCUGCUCAGGAGCCCUCCUAAACUCCUCUCCACGGCCACCAACCUCGCCAACCUGGCCCUCAACAUCCUCCACUACGCCCGCUCCUCGCUCGAUAAAGCCGCGCUCUGGCACCUCGGCCGCUCCACCCGCCAGGCCCUCGCCGACACCGAGCAGUCCAUCAGGCACAACAAGCGCCUCCUCCGCACCACUCACGACCACCCUCCCCAGCCCCCGCUGCUGCUCGAGCAGAUCGCCGCCGACACCAGACUCAACAGGGCCCGCAAGGCCUCCCUCAAGCACUCCAAACACGCCCUCCAUCGGCUCGGGUGGGCACGGAUCGUCUACGCCAUCGACGCCCUCGUCUCCGCCUACGAUCUGCUCGAGCUCAAGUACUGCUCCCGCGGACUGCGGAUGCUCAUCGAAUCCACAAGCGCCCUGCUCGAAGCCGCGUACGGCCAUGCCCUCCAGUCCCUCUCUCCAUCCACCACUCCCCCCUGA